GGAGCCGAAGCCGGCAGUAGAGUCCGGUCCCGGACAUGCGGAGCAGGAGCAACUCCGGCGUGCGGCUGGACGGCUACGCCCGGCUGGUGCAGCAGACCAUCCUGUGCCACCAGAAUCCAGUUACAGGGUUGCUUCCAGCCAGCUGUGACCACAAAGAUGCCUGGGUCCGGGAUAAUGUCUACAGCGUCCUGGCAGUUUGGGCACUGGGUCUGGCGUAUCGUAAGAAUGCAGACCGUGAUGAGGACAAGGCAAAGGCCUAUGAACUGGAGCAGAGCGUGGUGAAGCUGAUGCGAGGUGUCUUGCAAUGCAUGAUGAGGCAGGUAGACAAAGUGGAGGCCUUCAAGUACACCCAGAGUACCAGGGACUGCUUGCACGCCAAAUACAACACCAGCACCUGUGCCACGGUGGUAGGCGAUGACCAGUGGGGCCAUCUGCAGCUGGAUGCCACAUCCCUGUACCUGCUCAUGCUGGCUCAGAUGACGGCCUCAGGGCUUCACAUCAUCUACAGCCUGGAUGAAGUCAAUUUCAUACAGAACCUCGUCUUCUACAUUGAAGCAGCUUACAAGACUGCUGACUUUGGAAUAUGGGAACGUGGUGACAAGACAAACCAAGGAAUCACAGAACUGAAUGCCAGCUCAGUGGGAGUGGCAAAGGCUGCCCUAGAAGCCUUAGAUGAGCUCGAUCUCUUUGGAGCCAAGGGUGGACCCCAGUCGGUGAUCCACGUGCUGUCAGAUGAGGUGCAGCAUUGCCAGUCUAUUCUCCAUUCUAUGCUGCCGCGGGCCUCGACUUCUAAGGAGAUCGAUGCCAGCCUUCUCGCAGUCAUCUCUUACCCAGCAUUUGCUGUUGAGGACAGCUACGUGGUAGAGAAGACCAAGCAGGAGAUUGUCUCCAAGCUGCAAGGCCGCUAUGGUUGUUGCAGGUUUCUCCGGGAUGGCUACAGAACUCCCAAGGAGGACCCUAACCGCCUUUAUUAUGAGCCCGCAGAACUGAAGCUCUUUGAGAAUAUUGAGUGCGAGUGGCCCCUGUUCUGGACCUACCUCAUCAUCGACGGUAUCUUCACUGGCAAUGCAGAGCAGGUUCAAGAGUACAGAGAGGCACUGGAAAGUGUCCUCAUCAAAGGGAAGAAUGGAGUUCGGUUGGUGCCAGAGCUAUACAGUGUCCCAUUGGAGAAGGUAGAAGAAGAGUACUGCAACCCUCACACCGUUGACCGUGUACCGUUGGGCAAGUUGCCGCUCAUGUGGGGCCAAUCCCUCUAUAUCCUGGGCUGCCUCCUGGCAGAGGGAUUUCUGGCUCCAGGGGAAAUCGACCCUCUGAACCGCAGAUUUUCCACUGUGGCUAAGCCAGAUGUGGUGGUCCAAGUGUGCAUCCUGGCCGAAACAGAUGCCAUUAAGGCCAUCUUGCGGAAGGAGGACAUUGAGGUGGAGACGGUGGCAGAUGUCUAUCCUAUCCGAGUGCAGCCGGCCAGAAUCCUUAGUCAUAUCUAUGCCCGACUAGGUCGUAACAAGAGAAUGAACCUGAGUGGGCGGCCCUUCCGGCACAUGGGUGUUCUCGGGACCUCCAAGUUCUAUGACAUCCGGAGCAAUAUCUUCACCUUCACUCCACAGUUCAUAGAUCAGCAGCAGUUCUACCUGGCCCUUGACAACAAGAUGAUUGUGGAGAUGCUGCGGACGGACCUUUCGUACCUGUGCAGCCGCUGGAGGAUGACGGGACGCCCAACCAUCACCUUCCCUGUCUCACAAACUAUGCUUGAUGAUACUGGCACCAGCAUCCACCCAGCUGUCUUGGCCACACUGCGGAAGCUGCAGGACGGAUAUUUUGGAGGGGCAAGGAUCCAGACUGGUAGGUUGUCUGAAUUUCUCACAACUUCGUGUCGCACACACCUCAGCUUCAUGGACCCCGGGCUGGAGGGUAAGCUCUAUGCUGAUGACUAUGGGCUCAGCCUUGACAGCUUCAGCGAUUUAGACCCUGAGGACUGGCUGCAUGGCUUUCGAUUGUCAGAAGAUGCUGACAUCUGUGAUGAAGUUGCCCAGUAUUUAGACCACCUCCUGGAGCACACAGCUCCCAAGGCCACUCUGUCUGCAGCAGCUCAGAAGGGGGGGCUGCAUCGCUUCCGUGCGGCAGUGCAUACCACCCGUGAUCUCGUGUCUCUGAUGACAAAGGCCAAAGAGCUGCAUGUACAGAAUAUCAACAUGUACAUCCCUUCCAAGCUUUUCCAGGAUUCCCAGCCAUCUGUCAACUUGCUAGGCUCACCGCAGAAGAGAGACAUCAAGCCGUCCAUCCCUGUUGAGGUGAACCUCCCUAAGGAUGCAGCUGGGAAUGUCGACUGCAAGGCCCUAGUGGAACAGCUCCGCGAAUGCCGCUCCCUUCAGGACCAGGCCAACUACCUCUAUAUGCUCUACACCCUCAAGGGGCCAGAUUGGGAUACAGAGAUCUAUGGUGAACCUGGGGUUACGGUCACUGAUCUCCUCACAGAGCUGUAUGGCAAAGUUGGCGCUACUCGCCAGUGGGCCCUGAUUCGGUACAUCUCUGGGAUCCUGAAGAAGAAGGUGGAAGCUCUUGAUGAGGCCUGCACUAGCCUGCUGUCACACCAGAAGCACCUGACUGUGGGGCUUCCUCCUGAGCCUCGUGAGAAGACCAUCUCAGCCCCAUUGCCUUACGAGGAGCUCACUCGUCUGAUUGAUGAAGCCAGCGACAAGAAUAUGAGUGUCUCCAUCCUGACUCAGGAGAUAAUGGUCUACUUAGCCAUGUACAUCCGGACGCAGCCAGCCCUCUUUGCCGAGAUGUUCCGUCUACGUAUUGGACUCAUCAUCCAGGUGAUGGCAACAGAACUGGCUCAGUCAUUGUGUUGCUCAGCUGAGGAAGCCACCGAGAGUUUGAUGAAUCUCAGCCCUUCGGACAUGAAGAACCUUCUGCAUCACAUCCUCAGUGGCAAGGAAUUUGGAGUGGAGAGAAGUGUGCGCUCCCUGGAUUCAGCAUUGACUCCAGCUGUCUCCAUCCGUGAAGUUGGCCCAGUUGGAGCAACAAAAACUGAACGGGCUGGGAUCAUCCGGCUCAAGAGCGAGAUCAAACAGCAAUUGGAUAAACGUAGGCAGUCUCUGUCUGAAAUUAAGUCUGGUGGUUUGCACUCCUUGGAGGCUAGCAUGGAAGCUUCCCAGUUAUCCGGACACCCCACAGCACAAAGUGGCACAGUUGAAGACCGCCCCUCCAAGGAUGGGCGCCAAGGCCAGUGGCAGAGACGCCGGCGGCUGGAUGGGGCCCUCAACAGGGUCCCAGUGGGAUUCUACCAGAAGGUCUGGAAAAUCCUGCAGAAGUGCCAUGGACUGUCCGUGGAAGGUUUUGUUCUUCCGUCUUCAACAACCAGAGAGAUGACUCCAGGAGAGAUCAAGUUUGCAGUCCAUGUCGAGUCUGUCCUAAACAGAGUCCCACAGCCAGAAUACCGGCAGCUCUUUGUCGAGGCCAUUCUGGUCCUGACACUGCUGGCAGAGGUGGAAGUGCCCUGCCUCGGCAGCAUCAUCGCAGUGGAGAAGAUUGUGCAUCUUGCAAACGAUUUAUUCUACGAGGAACAGAAAGCCCUGGGUGCCGACGACAACAUGCUGGAAAAGGACCCAGCCACAGGGGUCUGUACUUUACUCUAUGACAGCGCUCCUAGUGGCAGGUUUGGAACCAUGACUUACCUCUCCAAAGCUGUGGUCACCUACUUGCAGGAGUUCCUCCCCACCAGUGGCUGCACCAUGCAGUAGGCCAGUCUGGGUUUCUCUGCAGGAGCUGGAAAAACAACCUUGGGAUUUAGGUUUAGGGUUGAAGGCCAGCGUUACGCUAUCUUGUAGGUAGUUGGAGCCCUUCUCAGCAAAUCCAUCCAAUUCUGGUGACUGAAACUACCUUGGCACAGCACCACUGGAAGAUGGAACUUUUGUGCUGUGAUGUCCACCUUGGGAGGAGGAAAAGGGACUCUUCUGAGCAUUGCAGGAGAGCAUGUGUUGUUCUGCACACGGACAAGAAUACUGCAUAUACAGAAUCCUCUUUGCUUCAAGGGGUGGGUGGGUCUUCCUAGGCAGAGAGUCCUGCAAUUGGAUCCCCUUGGGCUGAUGACUGCCAUUUGCACAGCCUUACUGCUUGAAGUCAAAAGUACAGGUCAAGAGGGUUUCUCACACUCUAGGCAUCUGCUUUUACAGGGAUUCCCACUUGCAUGCAGUUGCAGACUUUAUUACUGGAUAAGAUUUUCUCUCUUAUUUAUCCUUAGAUUUUUACCUGCUCUUUAUGAGACUCAGAUCAACCAGAUGUGAUGCUGCUUAUUACCCUGGAUACUAGUCUUCCCAUUAGCCCCUUUGUUUGCAGUUUCCCCAGUAUAAAUGCCUCAAGUGCCUUGAAUGUCACCCACCAUACUCUAGCAUCACCAGCCUCAGGGUGCUUCUCUUCACUCUCCUGGCAACUCUCGCUGAUGCCCUGACCAUAGGGUGCCUGACCUAUGGGACUUUGGCUGCCUGUCAGUCAGGGCAAAAUCAUAUGCCGCAAAACAUCUACAGCAACCACUUAUCUGAGCUUGUCUACUUUCCAAGCCAGCGGCUUGCCAAAUGAGAGUCAAUUCAAGCUCACACUAGUGAGUGCAUCUGCAGGGAAGAUGGGGGUUCAGCAUUCUUCUCACUUGGGAGCUUUUAAGACAGACCUUUAUUGCUCAUGAUUAUAGAUGAAGGUCUCUGGCUGCUCUGCUCCAAGGAAAAUGAUUGGCAGAGGGUCAUGUGAGAAAGAGGGGAGAGUUGUUUGAUUCUCAGAAAAUCAACAGAAGCUUUGGAUGGGCUUGCAAUUGCUUGGUCUUUAUGGGAAGAUGUGGGGUUUCCAUAAAUAGGGCUUCGAGGGCUGAAAGCUACCAGCGUGUUUGAAAGAAAUGUCUUGCUAAGUAUUUAAAACGUCAGUAUGGCUUUCUGGGAAGGGGAGCCCAGUAUAGCCCAUUAAAAGGCUGAAAUCUCUGUUUGCGUGCUGCCAUUUCAGGAAAUAUGACUCCUGGCUACCCCUUCAAGGAAAGGAGCUAAGCACAGGGACAGAGCUAGAAUCCUUUUAAAAGAGCAGGCAAGGCCUUUCCUUAGAUGGGCUCCAGGAAAGGACUGUGGUCCAAGGCUGCCCCCUGGCUGGCAAUUUGGCCCCCCUUCUGUGUGAAGCAAUAAAUUUGAUAGCUGAGCUUGCAUGCUUGUGAACAAGUGCCAUAUCUUCCGUUUGGAGUACAAAAAUGGGACGAGUUUCCAGCUGGUCUCGUUCAAGUGUUUACAGGUUCGGGCUAGUUAUUGCAAUGCACUUUGUGAUAGUUUACCAAAUUAUCCAGUUGCACUUUCUGUUCAACCAGGGCUCAAUAGCUGUAUGACGUUUGAAAACUCCACUCCACGCCUCGCUCUUUGGGAGGUUUUUUUGCAUGUCCUGCUGAGAUAUGCGGGACGCAGUUGGCUUUGUUUUGGUUCCCUCCCCCAUAAAAUUGUAAAACUGUACCUUUCAGUGAAGACUGAAAGCCUAGAAUAAAAUACCUCUGUUUCAUUA